CAAAUAUUCAGGAGAAUAAGUUUUAUUUUCUUGAUAUAAUCUAGAGAAUCUACAUGAUGAUUAUAUCUAUGGCAGUGCAUUUAAUUCUUUGCUUUUAUUUUCACUCCUUUGAUUAAAAGCCAAAUACAGACCUCAACAGUGUUGAAAACGAAAGUCACGUGCAAUCUCGCGAGAUAAAAUCUUGCCAACAAAAUGGGGACGAAACAUUUUGACAGCAGUGCAAAGGCCUGAAUGAUUAAGCGUAUGUUAAUAUGAUAAUAGAAAAGUGAACCAAUGGAUACAAGAUUGUGUUAGAGAAGUAUUGGAUCUCUGGAAACAGUUUGACAGAAUGAGACGUAAACAUAUCAUCUUCUUUGUGGUGGUGAUGUUCCUCACCUGGAACAUGCUGAUGUAUGUUACCCUGGUAACCAAGCCACAAAAUCCAGAGCAUCAUCACCAUGGAGAUGUCAAGGUCAGGUUGAAUGACCUUCAAGACCAAAUUGUUCUGCAAAUCAAAGAAAAUGAGAAAAUUUUACAGGAUCUUCGUAAGUUGAGGGAUGAGACAGAGAAAAAACAGAAACAGCCAAGUAAUGAAGUUGUGAGCCAAGCUGUUCCUAAAUUAGUGAGACCCAAUGAUACCGGUGGACUUGAAAAUAAACUGAGUUAUAACAAGGUGAAAGCUGACAAUGUUAUUCUACCAAUACUCAUGAUAGCUUGUAACAGAGCUGAUGCUAUACAGAGAAGUCUGGAUCUUGUGUUGAAAUACAGACCAGAUGAUGAAAGAUUCCCCAUCAUUGUGAGUCAGGACUGUGGACAUGAACAAACUGCAGAAAUGAUACAGAAAUAUGUCACUGACAAAGGCAUCAUACAUAUCAAACAACCAGACUUGGGUAAAGUGAAUGUACCAUGGCCACAGAGAAAAUUUGAGGGUUAUUACAAGAUUUCCCGACAUUACAAGUGGGCGCUGAAUCAAGUGUUUCACACGUACAACCACUCAGCUGUGAUUGUUGUUGAAGAUGAUUUAGACAUCUCACCAGAUUUCUUUGAGUAUUUUGCUGCCACGUUUAGAGUUUUGAUGUCGGAUAACUCAUUGUGGUGUGUGUCAGCAUGGAAUGAUAAUGGGAAACGAGGGAUGGUCAAAGAUGAUCCAGAGUUAUUACAUCGAACAGACUUUUUCCCAGGACUUGGGUGGAUGUUAGAAAGAAGCAUGUGGUUAGAAUUAGGGCCAAAAUGGCCAGAGGCGUUUUGGGAUGAUUGGAUGCGGCACCCUGAUCAGAGAAAGAAUCGGUCCUGCAUACGUCCAGAAAUCAGCAGGACAAGUACAUUUGGGAAAAAGGGUGUUAGCAAGGGCUUGUUCUUUGAGAAGCAUCUAAAGUUUAUACAGUUGAACGAAAAAUAUGUGCCUUUUACACAAAAAGAUCUUUCUUAUCUUAUAAAGGAGAAUUAUGAUCCACCAUUCCAUAAAUUUAUAUAUGGUAUACCUGAGAUCUCACUGAAUGAUGUUGCAUCUGAUAAAGUGAAACAUUUACCUGAAGUGCGUGUUACAUACAGGACAAAGAAUGAUUUCAAAGCUAUAGCUAAAAAAUUAGGCAUUAUGGAUGAUUUUAAGGCUGGAGUAGAAAGAACAGCUUACAGAGGUGUGGUCAGUUUUACAUAUAAAGACCAACGUGUACAUGUUGCACCACCCAGAGAAUGGAAGGGAUAUGAUCCUACAUGGACUUGACGACAGUUUCCAGUAUAAUUUAGUUGUUAACAAUUGUUUUAUAACUAUUUUGAUACACAUUAGAUUUUAAGGGUGGAAGGAGUUUUGUUUAAUGACUGAAACAGAUUGUUAAGCUUUUGUUUUUCUGGACAUGUAAAAGGUUGAAGUGAGUGUAAAAUCUUGAAAUGGCUCAAAAUAUUUUAACAGUACAGUCAAGCCUAUUGUAGACACCACCAAAAACAACAAAUACCACCUUUCUCUGAAAGACACAAGUUCAGUUUCCUGUUUCUACUUUUGCAGCAUUUUUAAAUUUACAAUUAAAGGCUGCUUUCUGGCUUUUUCAAGUCAUGUGUUCAAAUGCAUAUUUGCAUAAUCGAAAACAGCUACCAUCCAUGGUCCCAGUACUUUAAUCUAUCUUUAAGACAUUAAUAUGAUUUGUUAAGUAUUGAGUUUGUGAUGUUAGAGUUGCGAUGUAAUGCCACACUUAGUCUAGCAGUAUUGUAGUGGAAUAUGUCCUUUAGAUUAUAAAGUGCACAUGCUAAACAACUAUGCACUGUUUAGCUGUGCAGUGUGAUACAGUCAGUACCAGAAAAAUACAUAUGAGCCGCGCCAUGAGAAAACCAACAUAGUGGGUUUGCGACCAGCAAGGAUCCAGACCAGCCUGCGCAUCCGCGCAGUCUGGUCAGGAUCCAUGCUGUUCGCUAACAGUUUCUCCAAUUCCAAUAGGCUUUAAAAGCGAACAGCAUGGAUCCAGACCAGACUGCGUGGAUGCGCAGGCUGGUCUGGAUCCAUGCUGGUCGCAAACCCAUUAUGUUGGUUUUCUCAUGCCACGGCUCAUAUUAUCUAAGGUAUUACUAAAGAGUACGAAGGUAGUACCCAAGGUCACUGAAGCAGUACCAAAGAAAGGUUAAAGAGACAGUACCCAAGGUCAGCAUUCAUGUUUUUAUUGUGCAGAUGACAUUUUACUGCACAGCUGAAAAGACCCAGUAGUUUGAUAUAAUGAUGUAUAUAUAAAUACAUGUCAUGACAAUGGGUGUCUAGUUCUUCGAUUGUGGAUGACCAUCUUACGUAACAUAUUGAGUCAUGUGAAUAUAUGUAAUUGAUGUAAGGUAUUUAAAAUAGCAUUAGUCGGAAAGUAGUUAAUUAUUAUUUAUAUUUAUAUAUAUAUUGCUAUUUAUAACCAAAGCAGAAGUGUGUGUUCACGAAGUCUUGCUUCUGUGUUCUGUAUUUGAAAUAGAAUUUGCAUAUUUUUAAAAAUUUUGCUUGAAUUAUAGUUCUACUGCAUUGUAUAAAAAACAUGUAACUUAAGCAUACAAACUGAAUUGUUAGGAGAUUUAGCAAGUUCUAAAGCCAAUCAGAUUUCCACAACGUCUCUUAAAUAUCCAGUGAGGUAGUCUGUGUUGAUACAUCUUCUACGGAACUAGCUUUAAUACUGAAUUGUCUACCAUAUUUAGAAAUUGCAAUAAAUAUUCAGACAAAGGGCAUACUAUGCAGAUGAAUAUUUCAUAAAUUUGUUUUAUGUGAGAGAUUGAAAGAAUUAAUAGUAGAAAAACUGUUACUAGCAAAGUAAUUACAGACCUACCCUAAAUGUGUUUGUUCCUGAGAGGGAAGGAAAUGUACAACUUCUCUCAAGUCUACGAACACCAGAACUAUUAUACAUAAUCAUGGAGGUGACUGUGUUCCCAAAGGACUAAUAUACCAACACUGAAGUCAAAUACUGAGCAGUUUGAAGAGUUGCCACACUGCAUUUUUAUAGACUGUUUAAAAAUGACAGAAUUACAUGCCUGCUGAGAUUGACAGUAUUAUUGGUAGAAGCUUUAUUCCAGAUCAUAAACUAGUUUCUGUAGAAUCAUUACAAGAGAUUCUUACAUAGCUUCAUACUUGGCAUUAGAUAAAGUGUGUAGUUUACUACAGAACAAACAUGUAUGUCACUGAGUUGGGAAAUAUAUGCAGCAAAACGGGACUCCUAAACCUAGGCAUCACAAUACUGUUUAGAUGCUGUACAGACUGAGCUGCCUGGCCGCUGACAAAUAAUUUCCCCGAUGAUAUAAUGAAGCUUGAUACCAUGACAUAUGUAAAAAGAAUUGUUAGGAUUUCCUCCUUAGGUCUAGAAAUACCCCCACCCCCACCCAACCCCUCCCCUCUCAUUUUUCUGUAAUUCUUAGAACUAUCACAUUUAUAUUUUUAGGUGUUAUAUUUAGUCUCUUUGUUCAUUUUUCAGGAAAUAAUAUAGCAUAGAGAUUCAUUCAUGUAGUUUCAGAUUAAAAAUCAAAACAGCAGGGCCACUCGGAACUUUUAUGAACUUUUCAUGUUAACAUGAUAACCAGAUGUUAUGGCUAGUUUUGCUUCAAAUUGAAAUUUUCUUUUCAUAAAAAAUAGAAAUGAAAAUUUUUAAAUUGUUCACCUUGCAAAUGGUGCCUGAAUUUAAUAGGUAUGUUUUAUGUAUCAUGCUUUAGGUGUUGUUAAACUUUCAAUGAAAUCAUAGUUGCUAAAAUCUUCAAAGGUUUGUUGCUUCUUAUACACCCGUCUGUGAAAGAGCGGAGUGUAUUAUGUGAACACCCGUGGCAUGCGGGCGGGCGGGCAGCAGUCGGCGUCCAUAAGUAUGUCCGUUCUCUAAGUUGAACAGUUCUCAUCCGAUCUUCACCAAACUUGCUGACAAUAUUUGUGGGCUCAAUAACCAGCCAAAUCGCCUCAUGCACUUUCGGAUUAUGGCCCUUGAAUUACUUGAAAAACUGCGAAUUUAGCCUUGUCCACUCCAAGUCAAACAGUUUUCAUCAGAUCUUCAACAAACUUGAUGACAAUGUGGGUAUAAUAUCUCGACCAAGUUCGAUAACCACCCAAAGUGCCCCAUGCACUCUUGGAUAAUGGCCCUUGAAUUACUCGAAAUCUGCGAAUUUAGCCUUGUCUGCCCUCUUAUUAUAAGUCAAAUAGUUUUCAUGCGAUCUUCACCAAACUUGGUGACAAUGUUUUUGGGCAUAAUAUCUCUGCCAAGCUCGAUAACCACCCAAAUCGCCCAAUGCAUUCUUGGAUUGUGGCCCCUGAAUUACUUGAAAUCUGUGAAAUUAGCCUAGUCCAUUCAAACAGUUUUGAUCCGAUUGUCAAUUUCAUCCCACAUUGAACCUCACAAAUACCUUGAUUCCUUCUUACUCUUUUUGGGGGUUAACAAGGCAUACAACAUAAACAUUAUUACCUUUAUGAUACGUAACUGAAUAUUUAGACGGGCGUAUUUUGUGACAGUCUGGCACUCUUGUUGAUAUUUAGACAGUAUGUAAACCUUUUUAUUUUUGUGAAGGUGUUUCAAAUCUAUAAACUAUAGUGACUUUGACUGAAAAAUAAAGAUUUUAGAAAAAUAAGAUUUCAUGGAAAGUACUGCAACAGUUACUACAUACGAUAUGAAAAAUCGUCUUGGUUAAAUAUCAAUGGAAAACUGGAUUUAAUGCCACUGAUAGUUCCUUGUUAUUUAGCAACUUUGUUAGUUAAGAUAUCAUUUUAUGACAGGUUAUGCUGUUUUUGACGAAAUUUCCUGUAUUGUUUAAGAUCAGGGCUUGAGCUAGGGAGCGACUUGAGCGAAAUAGUCGCUUUGUAGCUCCCCACUUCGCUCUAAUCUAACAUCAAAGCGAUAUUCAAGUCGCCCGAUUUUUUAUCCACACUCCUCCAGUUAUCCGCUAUCGGCCUGUUGACACUUGACUGGAAUACACGAUGGCAUAAUUUAAGCUCCGCCUACUUCAGAUUACAAAGAAGUGAAAAGGUGACACUUGUUUUGUAAACUGACUGUUGAUAAACAAAACAGUAGGGAUUUAUAUUACAUAAGCUUACACAUUCUUUUUGACCUUUAGAAAGUAUCUUACCGUGUUUGGCUCGAGUAAUUUCCUUAAAUCCACUUAAUUUUACUCGUAUUUUUCAAAACCCGCAAACUUUAGAACUGACACUUUCUGUGACUAAAAUAACGUAACUGAAAUUUACGCAAAUUUUUGACACCUGCCAUCAGAAACUGGGUUAAACCUGUUUGACAACUGUUUCUUUUAAUGUGUGCCGACAUCAGCUAGCCUAUCAAAGAGACACCAGCAGAUCAAAGAAGACGUGUAUUCCGUGUGAUGUCAUAGUGAUGUCACUGCUAUUGACAUGUAUUUAAUUCACAUACUUGUUAUUUAAAGUGACUGACAUUGAGUGCAUUAGCACUGGGAGCUUGAUUUAUUUUUUUUUUUUGCUGAUAUGGAAUUAACUUUUUUUAAUUGUAUUCAUAUUUAAAGGGUUUUCUUGGUUUGGACAAUCAUUGCAAGAGUGAAAAAAAACUUGAAUUUGCAGUUUAAUCACAUUAGAUUCACAAGGUUAAAAAUGAUAAGAAAAUACAAUCACUGACAUUUUCAGUGAAUUUGUUAUUUACUUUAAAUUAAUAGACUUUGUAAAAAAAGACAGGGAAUAAUAAAAAUAGUAACGUUAUAUUAAGCAUGUUUAGUUCCUUUUUCAGCUUGCAUGUCAUGGUGCUAAAAUCUUUCCACGUUUUCCCUAAAAUCCCGCCACUUCUCCCUAAAAUCUCUCCACUUCUCCCUAAUCUUACCUGAGGGAGAAGUGACUUCUCCCUAAAAUCUUAGCCUAGCUUAAGCCCUGAAGAUAUCAUGUUUUGUAUUUUGUUCUUGUCUUGCAGUGAACAGCUCAAUAGAUUAGUGUAUUUUUAUAUUGCUUUGUUUAAAGUCUAGUCAAGAUGUGUUGUACAAAUAUAUUCGAAAUGCAUGAAAAAUUGUAGAAAAUUUUAUCAUGCGGCAUUUCUUGUCCAAUGUUUAAAGUUUUUUUUAUUAUAAUUGUUUUUACUAUGCCUGAAGUAAACUCUCAGUGUAAUAUUUACACAGACAAGAUUUAUUUUGAAUACUACAUUUCGAACAAUAUCAAGGUUUGAAUAAUUUAUGGCCAGGUGUAAUUUCUUUUCAAAAUCCCUGUAGAGACAAGUGCUCCAUUGAUUUGAUCCAGCUGCUGAAAAGAUGUUUUUUCCUUAAGUACAACCUGGACUUUAAUGAUUUUGUCACUCUGUGAAAAUUUUAAUUUCCAAUGGAAGGAAUUUAGUUUUAAUUAAGUUUUUCAGCUUAAUUCAAAUUUAUGAUAUUUGAUAAAUGUGGCUGUCCGUGUUAAGCAUUUUGAUAUAAUGAUGUACACUAAGGUGUACGGCCAUUUAAGGUAGUUCUGCAUGUUUGAUAAACAGGAAGUCGGGGCAUACCGUCAUUUAUCCCAGAGACGUAGACUAAAACCUGGACCGAGCAUAACGAAAUGAAAAUUAGCUUUAAAAUAAAUAGCUACACAUACGAUACAUUUGAGCCGUGCCAUGGGAAAACCAACAUAGUGGCUUUGCGACCAGCAUGGAUCCAGACCAGCCUGCGCAUCCGCGCAGUCUGGUCAGGAUCCAUGCUGUUCGCUUUUAACGCCUAUUGGAAUUGGAGAAACUGUUAGCGAACAGCAUGGAUCCUGACCAGACUGCGCGAAUGUGCAGGCUGGUCUGGAUCCAUGCUGGUCGCACACCCACUAUGUUGGUUUUCUCAUGGCGCGGCUCAUUUGUAAAAAUGGCAACUUUACUGUCUAAAGAUAAAAUAUAGUAUUAAAAAAGUUGUCAUAUGAAUAUGAAUUCCAGUAAUGUCUUAAAAUCAGCUUGACAUUUGCAGAUCUCAUUAAUCAUGUGCAAAUAUCUCAAAACUUAGAAUAUUGAUAUAAACAUUUCAUUUGAUAGUAUAAAACACACUAUUUCUGUACAGUGUCAGAAGAUUCAUUAAAAUCUAAAAAAGUUUUCACUAGGUGAAAGUCAUCAAAAUUGUUAUUUUCCCAUAGGCACCCAGUAUCAAAACUUGCUUAGGGUCCAGAUUUUUCAAAUGAGAGUAAUAAGAUCACACAUACAUAACCUUAACUUUUUGAUUUGCUGAAUUUCCUUUAGUAGUACACCCUGAGGUUUUUAAAAAAAAUCAGGGUUGAAUCAAAUACUACAUUGUAGAAAAAAAGAUAUAUUGGAAAAUGCAGAACAGUCUUUCACUAGGAUACAGUUUAACUGGAAUGUGUUCAGGGACAGAGUGCUUUUACUUUAUGCUAUUAUUUAUUGCCACAUUCUAUGCUCAUUCUUAAAAGUUUAAAUGUCCUUAUUAUUACAGAAAAUGAGUGGAAUAAUUCAUUAUAAUCUGGGUUCACAGAAGCCUUGAAAAGUCCUUGAAUUUAAAUGUAGUCAUUGAGAAUUCCUAGAAAAUGUAUUGCAUGAUAUUGAAUAGUACCCACAUCUAUAUUAGCACACAUAUAUUUUGUGAAUGUUUAGGUGACAGGCUGAUUUAUUUUUUUGAAGUUGGGGAACAACUGUAGGACUGUUUCCUGUUGUUGCAGUCCAGGUACAAUAAAAUAACUGUUUCAUAUGAAAUGCUCAGUAACUAAGAGGAGUUUUGCCAUUUUACUGGAUGAGAAGCACAUAUUUGCAAAUUUUCUGUGUUUCCCAUUUUCCACAACAUUUAACAGUUCAUCUUGCAGGGUAACAGUUUUAAAUGUUCAUUGCUCACACCUAAAAUUGACCAGAAACAGUUAAAAUGAUGAGUUAAGUUUUUUUAUGAUUAGGUAACAUCAUAAAGUGUGUACCAUUUACAGUCUGUUUGUCAUUAUAAAGAUGUGUAAAUCCAUAAAAAUAGAUCAAAUAAAAAUCAAUGAAAUGUACAUAACUUUGUGAUCUAUAUGUGUACUUUACAAUGAUAUAUCACACAAGUAUCGAACUCCCAUGCAACUAGGUUCAUGUGGCCUCCAGGCUAGAUAUCUCGAAUUCAAACUGACGAAAUGUUCAUUCUGUGGAGUUUUGCAAAUGUCUCUGACUGUAAAUACUGAUGUUUUGUAUAUUUUGAAAUUCUUUUAAUGUUAUGCACGUAUUACAAGUUAACUUUUUUAAACAAUUUUGUGAUAACUGCAUAUAAAAGUCCCAGUUAUACCUUUUUAGCUCACCUGUCACAAAGUGACAAGAUGAGCUUUUGUGAUCGCGCGGCGUCCGUCGUCCGUCCGUCCGUGCGUGCAUGCGUCCGUAAACUUUUGCUUGUGACCACUCUAGAGGUCACAUUUUUCAUGGGAUCUUUAUGAAAGUUGGUCAGAAUGUUCACCUUGAUGAUAUCUAGGUCAAGUUCAAAACUGGGUGACGUGCCAUUAAAAACUAGGUCAGUAGGUCUAAAAAUAGAAAAACCUUGUGACCUCUCUAGAGGCCAUAUAUUUCACAAGAUCUUCAUGAAAAUUGGUCAGAAUGUUCACCUUGAUGAUAUCUAGGUCAAGUUCGAAACUGGGUCACGUGGGGUCAAAAACUAGGUCAGUAGGUCUAAAAAUAGAAAAACCUUGUGACCUCUCUAGAGGUCAUAUUUUUCAUGAUAUCUUCAUGAAUAUUGGUCAGAAUGUUCACUUUGAUGAUAUCUAGGUCAAGUUUGAAACUGGGUCACGUGGGGUCAAAAACUAGGUCAGUAGGUCUAAAAAUAGAAAAACCUUUUGACCUCUCUAGAGGCCAUAUUUCUCAAUGGAUCUUCAUGAAAAUUGGUCAGAAUGUUCACCUUGAUGAUAUCUAGGUCAAGUUCGAAACUGGGUCAUGUGGGGGUAAAAACUAGGUCAGUAGAUCUAAAAAUAGAAAAACCUUGUGACCUCUCUAGAGGCAAUAUUUUUCAUGAGAUCUUCAUGAAUAUUGGUCAGAAUGUUCACCUUGAUGAUAUCUAGGUUAAGUUCGAUACUGGGUCAUGUUGGAUCAAAAACUAGGUCAGUAGGUCUAAAAAUAGAAAAACUUGUGACCUCUCUAGAGGCCAUAUUUCUCAAUGGAUCUUCAUGAAAAUUGGUCAGAAUGUUCACCUUGAUGAUAUCUAGGUCAAGUUCGAAACUGGGUCACGUGCGGUCAAAAACUAGGUCAGUAGGUCUAAAAAUAGAAAAACCUUGUGACCUCUCUAGAGGCCAUAUUUUUCAAUGGAUCUUCAGGAAAAUUGGUCAGAAUGUUUACCUUGAUGAUAUCUAGAUCAAGUUCGAAACUGGGUUGCGUGGGGUUAAAAACUAGGUCAGUAGAUCUAAAAAUAGAAAAACCUUGUGACCUCUCUAGAGGCCAUAUUUUUCAUGAGAUCUUCAUGAAUAUUGGUCAGAAUGUUCACCUUGAUGAUAUCUAGGUCAGGUUCGAAACUGGGUCACGUGGGGUCAAAAACUAGGUCAGUAGGUCUAAAAAUAGAAAAACCUUGUGACCUCUGUAGAGGCCAUAUUUUUCAAUGGAUCUUCAUGAAAACUGGUGAGAAUGUUCAGCUUGAUGAUAUCUAGGUCAGGUUCGUAACUGGGUCAUGUGCGGUCAAAAACUAGGUCAGUAGGUUGAAAAAUAGAGAAACCUUGUGACCUCUCUAGAGGCCAUAUUUUUCACGAGAUCUUCAUGAAAAUUGGUGAGAACGUUCACCUUGAUGAUAUCUAGGUCAAGUUUAAAAGUGGGUCACGUGCCUUCAAAAACUAGGUCAUUAGGUCAAAUAAUAGAAAAAGCUUGUGACCUCUCUAGAGGCCAUAUUUUUCAAUGGAUCUUCAUGAAAAUUGGUCAGAAUUUUUUAUCUUGAUGAUAUCUAGGUCACAUGUGCUCAAAAACUAGGUCACUAUGUCAAAUAAUAGAAAUAACGACGUCAUACUCAGUUCAACACUGGGUCAUGUGGGGAUAGGUGAGCGAUUCAGGACCAUCAUGGUCCACUUGUUUUCUAAUUCAGUCCUGUUUAAAUUUGCACUCCUGGGAAAUGAAAUGUUUUGCUUUAAAAAUCAAUAUUUUCAUUCUAUGUAUAUACACUGAAUACUAUAUUAAACUAUGACAUUACAUUGUCUCUUCUAGCAUCAAUUCUGUUCACACCAAGAUUUUUAUGCCCCCAAAGGGAGGCAUAUAUAGUUUUUGAACCGUCUGUCGGUCUGUCCGCAAUUUUCGUGUCCGGUCGAUAUCUUUGUCAUCCAUGGAUGGAUUUUCAAAUAACUUAGCAUGAAUGUGUACCACAGUAAGAUGACGUGUCGCACGCAAGACCCAGGUCCGUAGCUCAAAGGUCAAGGUCACACUUAGACGUUAAAGGUAAUUUUUCAUGAUAGUGCAUUGAUGGGCGUGUCCGGUCCAUAUCUUUGUCAUCCAUGGAUGGAUUUUCAAAUAACUAAGCAUGAAUGUGUACCACAGUAAGACGAUGUGUCGCGCGCAAGACCCAGGUCCGUAGCUCAAAGGUCAAGGUCACACUUAGACGUUAAAGGUCAUAUUUCAUGAUAGUGCAUUGAUGGGCGUGUCCGGUCCAUAUCUUUGUCAUUCAUGCAUGUAUUUUAAAAUAACUACGCAUGAAUGUGUGGCACAGUAAGACGACGUGUCGCGCGCAAGACCCAGGUCCGUAGGCCAAAGGUCCUAAACUCUAACAUCAGCCAUAACUAUUCAUUCAAAGUGCCAUCGGGGGCAUGUGUCAUCCUAUGGAGACAGCUCUUGUUAAGGUGUGCUAUGACCAUAUUUCCUAUAUGAAAAUAUGAACAGUUUCACAAUAUCUGAGUUAACACAAAAUAAAUUGCAUGUCUGUAAAAUAACUAGACUCUGUUAUGUUUAAAAUACUACAUAUUGUGUAGUAUAGAUAUGUAAGUGAUGUGGUUCUGGGACGAUCUGUGUAUGAAAAGAAUUGGAACCACUGCCUUACCCUUGCAUGAUCGUAAGAGGCGACUAAUAGGGCCUUAACACUUGGUUUUGCAGUAACUCUGUGAUUCCAGCAGGUAUGCAGAUUUUGAUUCCAUACCUCGUGUUUUUAUUUCGAUGUAAAUGAGAUGUGGAACCAAAAUUUGUAGUCCUGUUUGGCGCCAUAUAACCUAUACUGUGUUGGUGCGCCGUAAAACCCAAAUGAAUAAAUACAUAAAUUUGUGUUACCGCAUCACAUUUAGUUUAAGAAAUAAUAUAUCUCAUCCAGUGAUUUGUCGUUGAAUAAAUCAUUGUUUUGGAGUUCAGAUGCGAAGGAAUUAUAUCACGAGGGCGCAGCCCGAGUGAUAUAAUAAUAUGCAUCUGUCCAACAAACAAUGAUUUAUUCAAGAGCAAAUCACUAAAUGAGAUAUAUCAUUUCGAUUCUAACAUGUUACCAAGGAUUUUUAAAUACAUCCUUGACGACAUUCAUUAAAUAUUUGCCCGUUUUCAAUCGGGUUUCUUUUCCAGCGCGCCGCUAUGCCGUUUGACGCCAUGACGUUAUAACUGUGACGUCAGAACAGUGAUUUGUUGUAUAAUAAUUCACUGUUUUCUGCCUUCUUUGUUAAUCCCCCGCCGUGGCGGAGGGAUUAUAGGAAUGGUCUGCGUCCGUCCGUCCGUCCUUCCGUCCGUAACAAAUUCGUGUCCGGUCCAUAUCUCCUAAACCCCUUGAAGGAUUUUCAUGAAACUUGGGUCAAAUCAUCACCUCAUCAAGACGAUGUGCAGAACCCAUGAGUCAGCCUUGUCGGUUCAAGGUCAAGGUCACAACUCAAGGUCAAAGGUUUGAGCCUGCCAUUUUGUGUCCACUCUAUAUCUCCUAAACCCCUUGAAGGAAUUUUAUAAAACUUGGGUCAAAUGAUCACCUCAUCAAGACGAUGUGCAGAACCCAUAAGUCAGCCAUGCCGGCUCAAGGUCAAGGUCACAACUCAAGGUCAAAGGUUUGAGCCUUCCAUUUUGUGUCCGCUCUAUAUCUCUUAAACCCCUUGAAGGAAUUUUAUAAAACUUGGGUCAAAUGAUCACCUCAUCAAGACGAUGUGCAGAACCCAUGAGUCAGUCAUGCCGGCUCAAGGUCAAGGUCACAACUUAGGGUCAAAGGUUUGAACCUUCCAUUUUGUGUCCGCUCUAUGUCUCCUAAACCCCUUGAAGGAUUUUCAUCAAACUUGGGUCAAAUGAUCACCUCAUCAAGGCGAUGUGCAGAACUUAUGAGUCAGCCAUGUCAGCUCAAGGUCAAGGUCACAACUGAAGGUCAAAGGUUUGAGCCUUCCUUUCGUGUCCACUCUAUUUCUCCUAAACCCCUUGAAGGAAUUUUAUAAAACCUGGGUCAAAUGAUGACCUCAUCAAGACGAUGUGCAGAAAUUAUGAGUCAACCAUGCCAGCUCAAGGUCAAGGUCACAACUAAUGGUCGAAGGUUUGAGCCUUCCAUUUGGUGUCCACUCUGUAUCUCCUUAACCCCUUGAAGGAUUUUCAUCAAACUUUGGUCAAAUGAUCACCUCAUCAAGAACUCAUGAGUCAGCCAUGUGAACUCAAGGUCAAGGUCACAACUGAAGGUCAAAGGUUUCAGCUCUGUAUCUCCUAAACCCCUUGAAGGAUUUUCAUGAAACUUUGGUCAAAUGAUCACCUCAUCAAGACGUUGUGCAGAAUUCAUGAGUCAGCCGUGUCAGUUCAAGGUCAAGGUCACAGCUAAAAUCAAAGGUUUUACCCUUUCAUUAUCCAUAGCAGUUGCGGGGGAUUUAGCUGUCUUUCAGACUGCCUUGUUUAAUAGGAAAUGAAUUAGAUCGUGUUAGAAUUAUAAAUAAUAUAUUCAGCCAAGUUAAGGUAAUUUCUUUCUUCAAAAUUUCAAUAUCUAAUGAUUAAAAUGUAUUAAAAAUAUUUCAGUGAAAGAUGUUAACAGUAUAUCUGUAAGAAAAGUAGAAAUUGUGCCUUAGCAUUAUGGAUACGUAAAAUUUGUAGUUUUACGCUUCUUCUAUAAAAAAUCCGAAGGACUGAACUGUAAUUUUAUACUUUUCUUUUUUGUGUUUCAUAAGGAAUAUAAUGUUUCCAUUUGUACAUGUACUAGAAAAAUCAUUUUCAUUUUUACAUAUUUUUAAAAAGAAAGAUGUUUAUUUACAUGUAUUUAUUGAUGACUAGAAAAUUCUGUGAGCUCAUUUCCUGAAGUAUACAGUUUUUUACUUUCAGCCAAAAUGGCUGGCUAUUUCUCGGGGACUUGAAUUCCUAGAUUUUAAAUCUUAAAGUUGUUACAUUUGUUCGGUCAGAUUUGAUAUUGUGAACUGAUGCAGCAAUGAACUCUGGGUAAAUCAGCCCCCCAUGAAUAUUUAUGAGCUCACAGUACUUUAUGUCAUUUCUGAUGUCAUUUAUAUCUAAAGGUGCUUGUCUUGGUGAUAAAUUGUUGGCCUCUCAUCAGGCAGGUUGUAGGUUCAUAUAUUCUCCAACCCGCCCGCUUAGCUCAGUAACUAAGGGAGAGCACAGAUCUAUGGAUCAUGGGGCUGUGAGUUCAGUCCCCAGACAUAGUGUAUGUUUUCCAUGACUAUUGUCUGAAAGUCAAACAUCCUCCACCUCUGAUUCAUGUGGGGAAGUUGGCAGCUACUUGUGGAGAACAAAUUUGUACUUGUGCAGAAUCAAGGAACACUGGUUAGGUUAACUGCCUGCCGUUACAAAACUGAAAUAAUGUUGAAAAAGAAACGGUUAUAAUCCCAAAACAAACAAAACCUACUAAGGUCUGGUUCUUGCCCUUUUCUGUGACGUUUUCCGAAGAAGAAUACCUGUGUCCACAUUUAUAACACUGUGUUUGGUGACCAGUCUAAUAAUUCUAGCAUCUGAUUGGUUGUUUGUGAGAUCUAUUUUGAAAUUGACCAAUGAUAUUUCAGCAUUCUGAGACUGGUUUUCAAUCUCAGUUUUAUAGCUGCGGAACCAGACUCACCCUUGUGUUGGUAUAUAAGUCAGUAAAUAGAAUAAACUAGGUGGAUCAAAGAAAGUCCAUAUAUAAAAACACACAGAAUAAGCUGCUAAAACUUGAUAUUUACCAGUUGUACAGCAGGUUCUGUGGUUGUGUUAUAUACAUGAGGUAUUACACAUAGUACAGUAUGCUUCUGAAAUCAUUGUUUUUCACAUCAUUUUAUACCCCAGUCACACAUACGGCGGCGCGGAUAGCUACGUCUAGCUACGGAUAGAAACGUAGAACGUAGUAAUCCGUAUCAAUCAGUAUCUGAGCUGUACAGAUUGGUACGGGUUGAUACGAAUUACUGCUUUAAGGUACGGAUUACUACGUUUCUACCCGUGGCUGGACGUAGCUAUCCGCGCCAUAUGUGUGACUGGUGCAUAAAGCACUCUUGUUGAUAUGCAUACUUUACAUACUUCAUUUUGUAAAUAAACAAUCAUUCACUGUUUGUUGCACAGGCCAGUUAACAUUUAGCCUGCCAAAUUUCUAAAAUGGAUUGCUCUAUCAUUCAAUUUUGGCAGUACAUGUACCAUUUAUUAUUCAAAGGGGUGUUCAUGGAAAAUUUACUGACUGAAUAGGGAACAGUGCAGACCAUGAUCAGCUUCCAUGGAAUGCAGGCUGAUCUUGGUCUGCACUGGCCGCAAAGGCAGAAUCACCUGCUGCCAGCUGGCUAAAUGUUAAAUACAUUUGAAGAGUGUCAUUGUUGAAUGUUACAGUUUAUAUAUAGAUACUUGGUGAUAGGCUGAGCAUGAAUUCAUGUUAUAAUUUUUUACAGACUUUACCCAUUGUAUUGAUGAUUGGUAGAACAAAUUUUAAUAGCUAGAUUUUUAGUUUUUUCCACAUUUAUUUCAGACUAUGAAACAUGCCAGACUCUAAAACAGCGGGAAAAAUUUACUUUUUCACAGGUUAAGGCCAAUAUUCUAUAUUUUUACAGUAAAUUUUACUUUUAAAAAAUAUGCUAUAAGUUGGCCAGUGUUACAUUGUAUUGUAAAGGUAGAUGAAAAAAAUUAAAUGGCAGAUAUGUGAAAUAUGAAAAAAUAAUGUGCACAAGAUGUGAUAAGUGUGAGCAUGAAAGUUUGUUAUUGUUUAUGAAGUUAACUGUGCCAAACAGAACAUUUUAUACAUGUGGUAGAUCAUUAUUCAGGUAUUCAUUGCCCCACCCUCUUUUACUGCUAGAACAUUGAAAGCUCCCUAGUAUUUCAUGAUCAUGUCAUAAUUAACACUGUUUUUGUACUUAAUGCGCAUUAUUAUUAAUCAUAUUUGAGCCGUGUCAUGGGAAAAUCAACAUAGUGGCUUUGCGACCAGCAUGGAUCCAGACCAGCCUGCGCAUCCGCGCAGUCUGGUCAGGAUCCAUGCUGUUCGCUAACAGUUUCUCCAAUUCCAAUAGGCUUUAAAAGCGAACAGCAUGGAGCCUGACCAGACUGCGCGGAUGCGCAGGCUGGUCUGGAUCCAUACUGGUCGCAAAGCCAUUAUGUUGGUUUUCUCAUGGCGCGGCUCAUUUAAUCAUGCAUUAUGUUAAUUAUUAAAGUUUCCAUGGUGAAUAGGGAAAAUAAAUCAGAAGAUGA